CAAGGGGUGCUGCUGGCGGUUUCUGAGGCUACUUUCGGACGCGCCAGCGGGCCCAGACACCGGAGACUUGAGCUCCGCGGAAUGGGGACUGAGUGGGAAGUAGGACAGUUCGGCGGAGCUUCGGCCAUUAGUGAAGCAUUGUUAUUUAAGAAUGGAAGAAGAUACAGAUUUUAGAAUCAGAUUUAGCUCUUUGUGUUUCAUUACUGAUCAUGUUGGAUUUCAUGGCACUAUAAAAAGUUCACCAAGCGACUUUGUUGUUAUUGAGAUAGAUGAACAGGGACAGUUAGUUAAUAAGGCCACUGAUGAACCUAUUGACAAGAUUCAUAAAGUACUACCUGAGCCAAAUAAUUUUGCCAAGAAAACAAAGCUAGAUCUUCAAAAUGUAUCCUUUGAAAAGGGAAGCAACCAAGAAGUCAAUACUUUGGUUGGGUUCUCCAGUAAUGACCAAAAUCAUCAGACUGGUUCAGAAAAGGAAGAUGUAAUUGAUGAUGGAACUUCCAAAUGUGAAGAAGAAAAUGUCGACUUAUUAGGCUCUUUGUUAGAUAAAAAAACGAAUGAAUUACUGAGUCAGUUUGCCUGUGAUGUAAAAGAGAAGUGGGAUUCUAAAACUGAGCUAAUUGGACCAUCUCCUGAAUUCCUACUGGGCACAAUCCUUGACAAAAACCAGAGGGCUAUUUUGCAUAGUGCUAUUAGGCAGAAGUUUCCUUUUUUAAUAACUGUAGGAAAAAACAGUGAAAUUGUUGUAAAACCAAAUCUUGAAUAUAAAGAACUCUGUCACUUGGUAUCCGAAGAAGAAGCAUUUGACUUUUUCAAAUAUUUGGAUGCAAAGAAAGAAAAUUCCAAAUUUACCUUUAAACCGGAUACGAACAAAGACCACAGAAAAGCUGUUCACCAUUUUGUUAACAAAAAGUUUGGAAAUCUUGUGGAAACAAAAUCAUUUCCUGAACCUAAUUACAAUGCUGGUAAUCCAAGUACAGUGAUAACAGUAAGAUUUCGAGAAAAAGCACACAAGCACAGGAAAAGGUCUCUUCUUGAAUGCCAGGAAAGAAAAGUUAUAUACACGGCCUUUACCCUACGAAAAGAAAAUCUGGAAAUGUUUGAAGCAGUUGUUUUUUUAGCUAUCAAACUUGGUGUGAUUCCUUCGGAUUUUAGUUAUGCAGGCCUUAAAGACAAGAAAGCCAUCACCUAUCAAGCAAUGGUUGUUAGAAACGUGACUCCAGAGAGGUUGAAAAAUAUUGAAAAAGAAAUUGAAAAGAAAAGAAUGAAUGUGUUUAAUAUUCGGUCUGUAGAUGAUUCCCUUAGACUCGGUCAGCUCAAAGGAAAUCACUUUGAUAUUGUGAUCAGAAAUUUAAAAAACCAAGUAAAUGACUCUGCAAACCUGAAAGAGAGAAUUUUGGAGGCAAUAGAAGAUGUAAAGAAUAAAGGUUUUGUGAAUUACUAUGGACCACAGAGAUUUGGGAUGGGAAGAAAAGUUCACACAGACCAAAUUGGAUUGGCUUUGCUGAAGAGCGAAAUGGUGAAGGCUGUAAAAUUAUUUCUUACACCAGAAGAUUUGGAUGAUCCUGUAAAUAAAGCAAAGAAAUAUUUUCUUCAAACUGAGGAUGCUAAAGGCACACUUUCACUGAUGCCUGAAUUCAAAGUUCGAGAGAGAGCCCUGUUGGAGUCACUGCAUCGCUUUGGCGUGACAGAGGACGGGUGUACCCAGGCGUGGUUUUCAUUUCCCCAUUCUAUGCGCAUUUUCUACGUUCAUGCAUACAGCAGCAAAAUUUGGAAUGAGGCAGCGUCUUACAGACUCACAACCUAUGGACCAAGAGUGGUGGAGGGCGAUUUGGUCUGUUUGGAUGAAGGCGGUGAAGAUGAGCAUGUCCCAAGUAGUAAAGUUCAUCUAGUAACUGAAGAAGAGGAAUCGGCUAAUACAUAUGCAAUACAUCAGGUGGUUCUUCCAGUGCUUGGAUACAAUAUUCAGUACCCGAAGAACAAAGUAGGGCAGUGGUACCAGGAAACACUUAGCAGAGACGGACUACAGACAUGCAGGUUUAAAGUACCUACUCUGAAACUGAAUGUGCCAGGAUGCUAUAGGAAGAUUUUGAAACAACCCCGUAAUGUCUCCUACCAGCUAAUAGAAGAACACGAUAUUGAUGUCAAAGCAGAAGGGUCCCACAUCGAUGAAGCAAAUUCAUCUCUUUUGAUCUCUUUUGAUCUUGACGCCUCGUGUUAUGCUACAAUCUGUCUGAGGGAAAUAAUGAAGCACGACUUUUAAAACCACUCUAGAUAUAACCAUAUAUAUGUCACUCUUUAAAGCAGCGGUUCUCAACCUUUCACAGGGGUCGCCUAACACCAUCGGAAAACACAUAUUUUCCGAUGGUC